AGCGAAACUUUCACUUCUACAUUGUUGACUUUGAGUCGUUGAGGACAGAAAGACGUUCAUCACAAUGAGAGCCUGCAUUAUUCUCACCUCUGUGAUUCUCGCCUUCCUGAGAAGUGGCUCCGCUUCUCUGGUAGUGAAAGGUCCAGCUGGUCCUGUUGUGGAGGGGGAAGAAGUGACCCUGGAAUGCGUGGACACAGAAUCUGAAUUCAACAUGAGCACGGUGCACUUCGAAAAGCUUUCAAGGCACAUGAGGACGUGGUACCGGCUGGAUCUGGAUGAGUACAACUAUCUCUACCGCCGCUGUUUCUAUUAUGAUGUGGAUGUGAAGAGAGAGGAUGGCCGCCUGCUCCUCUGGCUCCCCAGGAUCCAGACCUGGUCGGCUGGACCAUACCGCUGUGUUGCCGACAACGCCACAGAGCAGAUGAACAACUCCAUGACUUACACCAUACCUGUGCACUAUAUGCGAGAAGUGUCAGUGUACAGAAGUGGCUUGGGCUCAUUCACUCGCUAUUUCACCACACAGCAGGAGCUUCGUGUGCAACUAGGAGAUGAUGUAGAGCUGGAAUGCUCCACAUCUGCUUCUGAGAGCCCUCAGUACUUCUGGGCCAAAGAGGGAGAAGACUGGAUUGUGCCCGCCAGCAAGCUGAAGCUAGCGCAAGUGAGGGACUUGGACAGUGGAAAAUACACCUGCACGGCUCAGCACCCCACCGUGGGCUCCCUCUCCAAGAAACGCACCAUCAGCAUCACCGUGCUGCCAGAGGAUGCCGCAUGGUAUGAAACGACUACUGGCCGCAUCGCUCUCAUGGCAGCUGCUGCCGGAGUGGCUCUCUUGGUGAUCAUCCUGUCCAUGACUGCCUACCUCUGCCGCAGGGCCAAACAGAGGAAGAGCAAGGGACCUAUUGAUGACCGGUCCCAGAAGAAGCCCAUCUACAGGAACAGUGUGGAGUCUUUGCCCUCCACCACUGGAGAUGAACAACCACUGGUGUAAUGAGUGAGAUGGAUGGAGGAGAGGAGAGGAGUGGGGAAGGGAAGAGUGGGGGUGGAAAAGGGAGGGAGUAGAAGGAGAGAAAGAGCCUGCCAGAUUGGAUAAGAGAUGGUUGUGUUUGCCACCGUGUAGCAGAUUGUGUACUGAAUUGAAGAAAGUAUGAAAAGGGCGCGUCAAAAAAGUGGGACAGAAAUGAUUGUUUUACGGCAGUGGUUUCUUUCCAGCAGCUUUGGCAGCAGCACUCGUUCAACAAAAGGUGUGCAAUUUUCUCUAUAUUGAUUUCGCGAGCCAGCAAAAUUGAGAUUCACGAUUGUUGUCAAAGGCAGAAGCUGUGGCUGAGCUUGCUGGUGUGAGCUUUAAAUCUCUCAUGUUUUUUAAGGGGUAACCUUGAGUAAACCUUCUCCUUUUUGCCUGCUAGCCAUUCUUCUAUGGGUCGAGCGCAAGUUCCUUUCAUUGGCAAGCACACAUUAGCAUCUUUUCUUGUUAGAUAAUCAUUGUACCACGCAGGGUUUGAAAUCUUUUACUUUGAUACAGAAUAUUUUAGAUGAAUCAUUGGAUCAUGAGUAAACAGCUUUCUAUCUUGAAAGCACCUUAGCCGAAUUGCACCUUCAGACUGUACCAAGGACUAUGGAAGCACUUUAAAUCUUUUGCACUAUGUUUGAUCUAUUCCUGUAUACUUUUUUUUUGGAAUUUAAUUUCAUUAAACUGCUUUUAAAAUAGA